CUAAGCGGAAGUUUGGUCAGAUCCAUCAUGGCGGCAGCAAACAAAUGUCAUGUCUGAAGAGCUUCGCUUUGUUUUAAACACUUAGUUUUAUUUAAUAUUAUCCCGGCGAACGGUUUUCUCUGCUAAAAACAAACACAUUUGAGGAAACGGUAUCAGCAUGUGUUUUAAAUAGCGGUGAUAACUCUGCGUGACAAGAGGAAGAGAUUUGCGGCCCCAGCAGAGAGAAGAAAGAAGCGUCAGCCGGACUCAUCCCGCAGCGGCAGCCAUGUCUCUGGGAGAGCCCAUGUCGGACUCGGCGCCGUUCUUCUCUGACGACAGCGAGGCGGAGGGUGCGGAUGAACAGGGCGGGUCGGCGGGUCAGAGGACGCAGCAGGAGUCGCCCAGCGGGGUGUCGAGAGUCCGAGCGCUGCUGACCGUCCUCAUCCUCUGCUACAUCAACCUGCUCAACUACAUGGACAGGUUCACUGUGGCAGGUGUUCUCCCUGAUAUAGAGCAUUACUUUGGAAUUGAUGACGAGAGAUCCGGCUUGCUGCAAACAGUUUUCAUCUGCAGCUACAUGUUCUUGGCUCCGUUCUUCGGUUACCUUGGCGACAGGUACAACAGGAAGUUCAUCAUGAGUUUUGGCAUUGCAUUCUGGUCUAUAGUGACGCUCGCCAGCUCCUACACCCCCAAAGAACAUUUCUGGGCUCUGCUGUUGACUCGAGGUCUGGUCGGAGUCGGGGAGGCCAGUUACUCCACCAUCGCUCCCACCAUCAUCGCUGACCUGUACGUCAAAGGGAAGAGGACAAACAUGCUCUCCAUCUUUUAUUUUGCCAUUCCGGUCGGCAGUGGUCUUGGAUACAUCGUGGGGUCACAGGUCAGCUCCGUUGCACGGGACUGGCACUGGGCUCUGCGGGUGACUCCAGGUUUGGGGCUGAUCGCAGUGCUGCUGCUGCUGUUUGUGGUCCAGGAGCCUAAAAGAGGCGCCAUUGAAGCUCGACCCGAACAUCACCUGCACCGGACCAGCUGGCUGACUGACCUGCAGGCCCUCAGCAAGAAUCACAGCUUCGUGUUGUCCACCUUCGGCUUCACGGCGGUGGCGUUUGUCACCGGCUCUCUGGCUCUUUGGGCUCCGACGUUCCUGUUCAGAGCGGCCGUGUUCACCGGUGAGAAAGCUCCCUGUGUGGACGGACACUGCGCCUCCGACGACAGUCUGAUUUUCGGCAUCAUCACCUGCGUCACAGGCGUGCUGGGCGUGGCCAGCGGCGUGCAGGUCAGUCGGCAGCUGAGGAAAAGGACGCCCAGGGCCGACCCGCUGGUCUGCGCCGCCGGCCUGCUCCUGUCAGCGCCGUUCCUCUACAUGGCCAUCGUCUUCGCCCAGGCCAGCACCAUCGCCACAUACGUUUUCAUUUUCCUCGGAGAGACCUUCUUGUCCAUGAACUGGGCCAUCGUGGCUGAUAUAUUACUGUACGUGGUCGUUCCCACUCGCCGCUCCACAGCCGAGGCUUUGCAGAUCGUCAUCUCUCAUCUACUGGGAGACGCAGGAAGUCCGUACCUGAUAGGAGUGGUUUCAGACUCUCUGAGGAAGACGGACUCCUUCCUCUGGCAGUUUCGCUCUCUGCAGCUCUCUCUGCUGCUCUGCUCCUUCGUGGCGGUGGUGGGCGGCGGUUUCUUCCUCGCCACCGCCCUCUUCAUCGAAAAAGACCGCCAUCGUGCCGAGAACUUCAACACCACAGAUGACGAGCCGAUCGUCGUACCAAAAAGCGGCCGAUCCACUCGGGUUCCAGUGUCCAGUGUUCUGAUCUGACCACAGAAACCUGAUGGAGGUCCUUACGUUCAGUCGGAUCCUUCAUACACCUGUGGUUAUUUUUAUUUUUUAUUUUUUUUUUUAGGACUGCGGACACUGAUGGGACUGUCUGCCAUGCAGAAAUAUUUUGAGGAUACAUUUAUUUUUAAACUUUUUGACAUUACGUUUUAUACCUUCCCCCGCUCAGGAGCACGUUGGCGCUUCAGGAGGUUUGUUUUUCAUCUCCAGACGUUGUUUUUUGCUGUUGAACACGUGGACGUGAGCUCAACAUUGUUGGAAAUGUUUGCAGAGCAGAUAUGAUGUUGAAAAUGAGCACUAGAGAUUCUCUGAAGAGGAGCAACAGAAACUGCUCUGCGAAUUUGAUUUUAUCGAUUGUUUGACAUUCAACCACCUAUAAACUGAUUAAAGAUAACAUGACCCAUA